UCAGCGGCGGCUGGAAGCCACGGGACCGUGCGGUGCUCUGUCCGACACUCUCCGUGGACUGGGGAUUAUCUGGCCCUGCUCGUGACUCGCGGGUGACGGUGUCCACGAGGGGCUUCCUUCUGGGUCGCAGAGGCGGUCACAGGGAGCUCAGUGAUGAAUAAGCUACGGCAGAGCUUCCGGCGAAAGAAAGACAUCUAUGUGCCGGAGUCGAGCCGGCCACACCAAUGGCAGACGGACGAGGAGGCGGUCCGCAGCGGCAAAUGCAGCUUUGCAGUCAAGUACCUGGGGCAUGUGGAAGUAGAGGAAUCCAGAGGCAUGCACAUCUGUGAGGAUGCAGUGAAGCGCCUUAAGACGGCUGGGAAGAAGCCAGUGCGAGCGGUGCUGUGGGUGUCUGCAGAUGGUCUCCGUGUCGUAGACGACAAAACAAAGGACCUGAUUCUGGAUCAGACGAUAGAGAAGGUUUCAUUCUGUGCACCAGACAGGAACUUUGAGAAGGCGUUCUCCUACAUCUGCAGAGACGGCACCACACGGCGCUGGAUCUGUCACUGUUUCAUGGCCAUCAAAGACUCCGGUGAGAGACUAAGUCACGCUGUGGGCUGUGCGUUUGCUGCGUGUCUGGAAAGAAAACAGAAACGGGAAAAGGAGUGUGGCGUCACGGCAACCUUUGAUGCCAACAGAACCACUUUCACUCGCGAGGGCUCCUUCCGUGUUACUACGGCAACCGAGGCAGCGGAGAGAGAGGAAAUCAUGAGACAGAUUCAGGAUACCAAAAAGGAGCCAGAUGUAAAGGUUGCUGUGAUCUCCGCCAACAACGUGGUGAGCUCCUCAGUCCCUCCUCCGGGCGGCUCCCCCUCGUCCUCCCCACCCCUCUCUGCGUCCACGCUGGGCCCUCAGGUGAUUCCCCGCAGACACGCCCCUGUGGAGGCUCUGGCCCGGCAGGGCUCCUUCAGGGGCUUCCCGGGCCUCAGCCAGAAGACGUCUCCCUUCAAACGGCAGCUUUCUCUGCGCAUGAACGAGCUGCCGUCCACCAUGCAGCGCAAGUCUGACUUCCCCAUGAGAAAUACUGUCCCUGAGGUGGAAGGAGAAGGCGACAGCAUCAGUUCACUGUGCACUCAGAUCACCACCGCCUUCAGUGGGCCUGCUGAAGACCCCUUCUCUUCUGCUCCAAUGCCCAAACCAGCCUCGUCUCCACAGUCUCCUGUGGCACCAGUGAAUGGCUCAAUGCCUGCCUUCUCUGUUGCUGCUGCUAACCCCCCAGUCCUGCCCCCUGCUCUUCCUGCUCGAGACACUAACCCCUGGGCUAAGAAAGCAGGAGGGGCCCCGGCCACAGCGCAGCCAGGAAGUGGCUGGCAGUCUGCUGCCCCAGUGAUCGUCCCGCCCCCCUCGUCUUCUCCAGUCAUGAGCUCUCACAAACGCACGUCGUCAGAAGCAGACCGGUGGUUGGAAGAAGUCUCUAAAUCUGUACGAGCUCCUCAGCCCAAUCCUGUUGUAGUUCCCCAGGUGGUCUUCGUGCCCUCGGUUCCCGCCGCUGCGCCCAUGCUGCCCCCCCGACAGCCUGCCUUCAACGCUCAGGCUCCGCCUUCCUACCCGGUGUCCAACGGACUGCCGUUUCCUCAGCCCAGCGUUCCCAUGUACGGCAUCACUCCGUCGCAGAUGGUGGCCAACGUGUUCGGCUCGGCAACACAUCCCCAAACUUUCCCCGCUCCGGCCUCCACACCGCCCCAGCGUGACACCGCCAGCCCCUUCAUGAACCCCCCAUCAGCCACAGAGCUGAACACUGCUCCCCUUCAGCCCCCCAACGGCAGUGCCAUGUUCAAUGGCGCCGACAGCUGGGCCGCCCACUCGUCUCCAUCCACCCAGCCUGCAGCGUCGCAGCAAGAAGACGCUUUCGAGGCCCAGUGGGCGGCCUUGGAGAGCCGCUCACGCCAGCACACCUCGCCUUCCCCAACAAACCCCUUCUCCACCGAGCUGCAAAAGACCUUUGAGAUUCAGCUCUGAAGACCGUGCAAUCAAAGAACGGAAGACAUGGCGGAGUCCUCCUGCUUUCAUCGUGGCUGGAAGACCGUGGAUGAACGGGAGGAGAACUCUUUUUUUGCCGCGGGAGAAUAAAAACAAUCAAAAACUGAACAGACCGGUGUUUCCUGGCUGCAGCUCCUCGGGCAUUUCAUUUGCACUCUUUAUAAUGUUUUCUUCAUGCUGUUCCAUUCUACCCCCUCCCCCCAGCAGGAAAAAAGAAGUUCAGCAUCAAAUGAGACAUUCUCCUAAAUAGGAAAAAUAGAACGAGAAAAUGCCAAAAGGUUUAUUUUUAUGCAUUAAGUAUAUUUUAAAUAGCUUUGGAGUUUAACAGAAGAGACAUGAGUAAUCUUGCCAAAGGCACCGGUUAUCUAUAAUGCAACAUGUUUAUGUCUGUAAACAAGAAAUGAUCAUAUAUAUUAUACACGGAGUAUAUAUAUACAUAUAUAUAUACACACAUACUGGACACACCACUGACAGCAGAGCUCAUUUUUAACGUG